AUGAUGGAAAACAAACUGAAACAACUUCGUCGUCUCGUGGAGAACUCAUUUCCAAAUGUCGCCAAUUUUCACGAGAUGGUCUCCGUUGAAUUCGAAAAGUUAGAAAAUGCAAAGAGUUUCUGGUCGGAAAUCUACGUGGCACGUCUGAAAGUCAACGAGGGAGUGAAGGGGGUUCCAGGAGAUGUUUUUAUCAAGGUUCCCCGAAUCAGUGAAAACGUGUUGAGAUGUGAAGACGAGGAGGCUGUUGAUGAGCUUCAGAAUGUUCUCGUGUACUACUCAAAGAAAGAGAACCUAUUCUACAAGCACUUUGCCUACGGGACCAUCCCCAAUUUCCCGUUCCCAAAAGUGUAUUUCACUGAAGACGUGGCUGGAGAAGCGACUGGCGGGAUUGUUGCCGAGAAUCUCAGUGAGAAAGUGUUUGCAGUGGAACAUAUUCCCGGUCUCAACCAUGAACAGAUUCUCCGUUUGAUGGAGGCGUUGGCUGGAUUCCAUAGUCAUUUAAUGAAAAGAGAAGACAAAAGUUAUGUGGAGAGUUUUGAGGAAGGAGCACACGGAAGAGAGACGUACGCGCCGGGAAUGCAAAAUAUGAUGUUCGAAGAAGCGCUCACAUUGGAAUCCGUCAACCCGGAAGUUUUCGGAAACGGACGAAUUCAGAAUAUCAAAUGGGCAUUCGACUAUUCGAAUAAGACGAAAGCGACGAAAGAAGCGAUUUCAGCUAUUCCUGGAAUCAUCUGCCACGCGGAUAUGAAUGUAACGAAUAUGUUGUGGAAGAAGGAUAGUCCGAAUAAUGAGAUCGGAGCCAUUAUUGAUUAUCAGAUGCUCUUUAUCGGAUCCAUUGCAUUUGAUAUUAUCCGGAUUUUGACAUUAGGAAUGACAAGAGAACUCAGAAGAGAGAAAACUGAAAGCUAUCUCGAGUAUUACCAUAAAACUCUCGCAGAGUUCUUCGAUGGGCAAGCUCCGUUCUCGAUGGAAGAGCUUCACCGCCAAUACAACUUGAUAUACCCGUUUGCUUCCAACUUCACACUCUUCGGAAUCGCGUUGUAUAUCAAGAUGUAUUCCGAUGGAACACUUGGAAACAUUGAGAAAAAGGAGGAGAAUUGUGAGGAAUUGGUGGAUAGAGCGAGAGGGAUUGUGGAGGAUAUUGAGGCGUUGAAGGCGAAUUUUUGA